GACCGCGGCGGGUGAACGCCUAGAGCGCAGUUUCCGGUAGACCCGGAAGCCGAUCGCAGGGAGAAACUGUUUCGCAGCAGUGCGCCUUCCUUUUCCAGCCACCGGUUCUCCUGACCCCGAGUGUGGGGAGUGACUUCAGUCUCCUGACAUCCCAGUGUUCUCUCGAGCCAGUUUCCAGCCCACCGAAAAUGAGCUCUUCCGGAAGUGGGCAUCUUAUUCCAAUCCCCUCCCUGUGAAUGUGUGGAGAAAAAGAGAUGGGAACGAGUCAGAGGAAAUAGAGAAAUUUUGAAAGAGAAAUGAAGAAUGAGAGACCCAUUAACAGAUGGCAAAGUAGAAGGUUCACAAAUUUUAAGAAAGGGAGAAUAAAGUGAAAAAAUCUCAGAAGGAAUCCACUCAACAGACGAGGAUUCACUUCCAAAGAGACAUAUUACGCAAGGAAGCAACUCGGAAGAGGAAAUAAAAGGAGUCAGGAAUGGCCUUUACUCAGGGACCCUUGAAAUUCAUGGACGUGGCCAUAGAGUUCUCUCAGGAGGAGUGGAAAUGCCUGGACCCUGCGCAGAGGACUUUAUACAGGGAUGUGAUGUUGGAGAAUUAUAGGAACCUGGUCUCCCUGGGAAUCUGUCUUCCUGACCUGAGUGUUAUCUCCAUGUUAGAGCAAAAGAAAGAUCCCUGGACUCUGCAGAGUGAAGAGAAAAUAGCAAACAAUCCAGAUAGCAGGGAAUGCAUCAAUGGUGUGAACACAGAGAGGAGCUCUAAAUUGGGAAGUAAUGCAGGAAACAAGCCUUGUAAAAAUCAACUUGGAUUCACUUUUCAGUUACGUCUGCGUGAUCUACAGCUAUUUCAAGCUGAAAGGAAAACUUCUGGGUGUAAGCAUUUUGAAAAACCCGUCAGUGACAAUUCCUCAGUUUCACCGCUUGAAAAAAUUCAUUCCAGUGUCAAAUCCCACCUUUUAAAUAAAUAUAGAAAUAAUUUUGAUCAUGCUCCAUUACUUCCACAAGAACAGAAAGCACGCAUUAGGGAAAAAGCUUAUAAAUGCAAUGAGCAUGGCCAAGCCUUUAGAGCAUCUGCAAGCCUUACUAACCAAGUAAUCCAUAAUACAGAUAAUCCUUACUCAUGCAGUGAAUGUGGCAAGGUCUUUAGUUGCAGUUCAAAGCUUGUGAUACAUCGAAGAAUGCAUACUGGAGAGAAGCCUUACGAAUGUCGUGAAUGUGGCAAGCUCUUUAGUAGCAAUUCAAACCUUUCACAACAUCAAAGAAUUCAUACUGGAGAGAAGCCUUACAAAUGUCAUGAAUGUGACAAGGUCUUUCGAAGCAGUUCAAAGCUUGCACAACAUCAAAGAAUUCAUACUGGAGAGAAGCCUUACAAAUGUCAUGAAUGUGACAAGGUCUUCAAUCAAAUUGCACACCUUGUACGACAUCAAAAAAUUCAUACUGGAGAGAAACCUUACAGUUGUAAUAAAUGUGGCAAGGUCUUUAGUCGCCAUUCAUAUCUAGCAGAACAUCAAACAGUUCAUACUGGUGAGAAACCUUACAAAUGUGAAGAAUGUGGCAAAGCAUUUUCAGUGCGUUCCAGCCUCAUAACCCAUCAGUUAAUUCACACUGGAAGGAAACCUUACAAAUGUAAAGAAUGUGACAAGGUCUUUGGGCGCAAGUGUUUCCUGACCUCUCAUCAGAGAAUUCAUACUAGAGAGAGACCUUAUGGAUGCAGUCAGUGUGGCAAGAUCUUUAGUCAGAAAUCAGACCUUAUACGACAUCGAAAAACUCAUACUGAUGAGAAGCCUUACAAAUGUAAUAAAUGUGGCACAGCAUUUAGAGAGUUUUCAGAUCUUACUGCCCAUUUUCUAAUCCAUAGUGGAGAGAAACCUUACGAAUGUAAAGAAUGUGGCAAAGUCUUCAGGUACAAGUCUUCUCUAACCAGUCAUCGUAGAAUUCAUACUGGAGAGAAGCCUUACAAAUGUAACAAAUGUGGCAAGGUCUUCAGUCGUAGUUCAAACCUUGUAUGCCAUCAGAAAAUUCAUACAGGAGAGAAGCCUUACAAAUGUAAUGAAUGUGGCAAGGUCUUUAAUCAAGCAUCAUACCUUACAAGACAUCAAAUAAUUCAUACUGGAGAGAGGCCUUACAGAUGUAAUAAAUGUGGCAAAGCAUUUCGAGGGUGUUCAGGCCUUACUGCCCAUCUUGCAAUCCAUACUGAAAAGAAAUGUCAUGAGUGUAAAGAAUGUGGCAAGAUCUUCACUCACAAGUCUUCCCUCACCAAUCACCAUAGAAUUCAUAUUGGAGAGAAACCUUACAAAUGCACCCUGUGCAGUAAAGUCUUCAGUCACAAUUCUGACCUUGCACAGCAUCAGAGAAUUCAUUCAUGACAGUCCCUACAAACUGUAUGGCAAAACCAUCAUCAUGAGUUCUAGCAUUAAUCAACAUCAGAGAGUCCAUACUAAGUGGAAAUCAUAUAAAUGAAAUGUACGUGACACAGGCUUUAUCAAGGCCCGCCAAAUCACCAGACAUCACCACAUCAUUGUGGAGGAUGAAAGCACACAGAUGAAUUGUGUGUACUUGGGCUAUUAUUCAAGGACCAUUACUAUAGAACACAAUAGGAUUUGCACAAGAAGUAACUCUGUCUCUGGUUCUCUGAUACUAAUCUAUGAUAUUGCAUGCUGCAGAAUAAUGCUAAGUCAAAAUAUGUUGAAUCUCAUGACCUGAUGUAUAUCAAAAGUGCAACGGCUUGUAAAUGACCAGUUUUAUUCAGGCUAUAAAGCAUUCA